GAGAUUUUAGAUUAAGUAGCCGGCGUUUCUGUCUGUGCGUCGUAAUGAAAGCGUGAUUGUAAAUAACACAAGAUGCCGAAAUAUUAUUGUGACUACUGUGAUACCUACCUCACACAUGAUUCUCCUUCUGUAAGAAAAACACAUUGCAGCGGCAGAAAGCACAAAGAAAAUGUCAGAUUAUAUUAUCAAAAAUGGUUAGAAGAACAAGUUCAAAAGCUGGUGGAUGACACAACUGCUGCAUUCAAACAGGGUAAAAUUGCCAGUAAUCCAUUUGGCCCAGGUGGUCCUGGACUGCCGGGCCCUGGGGGUGCUAUGAUACCACCUCCAUCUAAUUUACAACAAAGUGCAAAAACACCUAGUGGGCCCCCUACAGGGCCUCCUGCAGGCCCCCCUGGUGGGCCUCCCAUGCCAGGUCCACCUCAAGGGCCUAUGGGGCCUGGUGGGCCUAUGCCAAUGAUGGGGCCUGGUGGACCUAUGAUGCCUAUGAUGGGGAUGCGUCCCCCAAUGGGCCCACCUAUGAUGAUGAUGGGACAAAUGGGACCCCCGGGACCACCCAUGAGAAUGAUGGGACCACCCAGGAAAUAACAUCAAACCUAUUCGGAUGUUUAGGAAGAAUUUUGCUUUAAAUUGCCUUCUCAGUUAGGGAAAUAAUUGGCAGGAGAAAGAUGGAACAUUUCACUGAGAAGUCUUUCUUUGGGUGCCAAGGAUUGGGUUAACAUUUGUCGGGAGCAUUGUGACAAAGAUUUUAGUCUUGAUCCAGAGUGUGGAGGGGGUUUACCUCCAACUGUGGCUGAAUUGUAAAAAAGGGACUUUAUUGUCUUUAUCAGUCAAAGAACAUUCAGGUUAAUUGCGGGACUUGCAUGUUUGUGCUAGCCCUGACUACCAGAGAGAGCUUUAGAACAGUAACAAUACUUUUUAGUGUCAGUGAGGAUUUAUUAAAAGAUGCCUCUGAACGUUUUUAACAGACAAAUUGAGGGUGAGAUAUUGAUUUCACCUAUGAGAUAAUUUUAAUAAAAUACUGAAACACUGAUAUUUAAGGACUUUUUUGGCAUCCAAGUACUAUACGUUGCUAAGUGUAAAAAGAAAGGAAGGGCGUCCGGCAUAUGACUUUGUCUCUGCAUUUACGAAAUCAAAAGUAAAGGACAAACACAAGCAUGUUGUUCAAAAUUAAGCCAGUGACGUCCGCUUUUAUUGAAAGGUCCUUUUAGUGAAAGAAAUGUGUAAUUUAUGAUAUAACAAAUAAUGUUGAGUAAUAAAAAUAUACAUAAUGA